AAGGCGAUUGUCAUAUGAUAGCUAAGAAGUGGCACAUUAAUGAAGCGCCGCUACAGGGGUCUUUUCUGCUCCUGUCACCGCUUGAAACUAUCAGAUGGUUCGAGGGAGGACAUGGAGGCAGCCACCUAGCUCAGCGGAGUCGCGGAGCCCACUGCAGUGCCCUCCAGAGCCCCUAGGCCGCCGCGGUCGUCAACGUCCGCUCCCGGACUCCGCCGCCGAGCUCGGCCGACCGCGGGACGCACGACCAGGAGCGCCGCGGACCGGGCGACGCGGGCCGCUGCCGGGCUGAGCUCAAGAGCCCAGGUUCGUGCCGAGUCCAGCACACCCUCAGCGCUGCUCUUGGGCUGCGCGCCGGGAGGGACUCGGCGACCAAAGGCGCCAUCCCGGAUGCGGACGCGCAACUUGGAGCAACUUUAAGAUCCGACCUGUCCGCCAGCCCGCGCGGACCGUGAGCAAGACGAUGCCUCGGCCGGGCCGCAACACGUACAGCGACCAGAAGCCGCCCUACUCCUACAUCUCGCUGACCGCCAUGGCCAUCCAGAGUUCGCCCGAGAAGAUGCUGCCGCUGAGCGAGAUCUACAAGUUCAUCAUGGACCGCUUCCCCUACUACCGAGAGAACACGCAGCGCUGGCAGAACAGCCUGCGCCACAACCUCUCCUUCAACGACUGCUUUAUCAAGAUCCCGCGGCGGCCAGAUCAGCCCGGCAAGGGCAGCUUCUGGGCGCUGCAUCCCAGCUGCGGGGACAUGUUCGAGAACGGCAGCUUCCUGCGGCGCCGCAAGCGUUUCAAGGUGCUCAAGUCCGACCACUUGGCGCCCAGCAAGCCCGCCGACGCGGCGCAGUACCUGCAGCAACAGGCCAAGCUGCGGCUCAGCGCGCUCGCCGCCUCGGGCACGCACCUGCCGCAGAUGCCCACCGCUGCCUACAACCUGGGCGGUGUGGCGCAGCCCUCAGGCUUCAAGCACCCCUUCGCCAUCGAGAACAUCAUCGCGCGGGAAUACAAGAUGCCCGGGGGGCUGGCCUUCUCUGCCAUGCAGCCAGUUCCCGCUGCCUACCCGCUCCCCAACCAAUUGACUACCAUGGGCAGUUCUCUGGGCACUGGCUGGCCACACGUGUACGGUUCUGCAGGCAUGAUCGACUCGGCCACCCCCAUCUCCAUGGCUAGUGGCGACUACAGCGCCUAUGGUGUGCCGCUGAAGCCGCUGUGCCACGCAGCGGGCCAGACGCUGCCGGCCAUCCCAGUGCCCAUCAAGCCCACGCCGGCCGCAGUGCCUGCGCUACCCGCGCUGCCCGCGCCCAUCCCCACCUUGCUCUCGAACUCGCCGCCCUCGCUCAGCCCCACGUCCUCGCAAACAGCCACCAGCCAAAGUAGCCCCGCCACACCCAGCGAAACGCUCACCAGCCCGGCCUCCGCCUUGCAUUCGGUGGCGGUGCACUGACCCGCAGAAGCCGGCGCCAUCUCCUGUACCCUACUCCAUCACCUCACUUUUAACCUCCCCGGCUCCCCAUCCAGCCCUCUCCGACCUCCGCAUCCUAACUUGUGCAUUUCACCUUCAGCCAACCCUCUCUUCCUCUCUUUCUCUGUCUCAAGAGAACUUUGUUUUUGGACCCAAUAGAAAAGACACAAACUUGCCGUAAGGCGCAUGAGAGUUGUCUUCGUUCCUACUA